GACAAGAGGACGACGCCCCCUACAGAGCUAACGCAGCAUCAGAACCCCCCCCCUCUUCUUCCACCACCACCCCCUGCCAGGGGCCACAGGAGCAGCGCUAUGCUGAUAUUGCUAUAUGAAGCCAACUCCUGAUGAGACAGAUGGGGUUUUAUAUCAGCUCCUUGUCCCGAAGCCCGUGCACCAAGACCCAGGUGCGGCACUACCAGGUAGCACCAAGUUACAACUAUAAAUGGACCGAUAUCCAUUAUGAGGCCAGUAGAGGCAACGUGGAGAAGCUGCGCGCACUGCUCACCACGUCGGACAAAGAGCUUGUGGAUCGGAAAGAUUACUAUGGAAAGACACCUUUGUACUGGGCAGCGUAUAAAGGUCAGAGGGCGUCCAUGGAGUUACUCUUACAACAUGGGGCCAAUGUGAACAGCUGCUGUAAACAUGGCGGGACCCCGCUUCAUGCGGCCAUUGGAUUGUUCCCGGACUGUGCUCUCCUACUAAUACAGCACGGUGCUGAUGUCAACUUGCAGGAUAACUGGGGGGUAACCCCAAUGUAUCUGGCUGCGUGUAGUGGACAGUUAGAAUGCAUCCGACUCCUCGUUCAAGCGGGUGCUGACAUCACAUACAAGAACAAGAAAACUGGACUGCCGCCCAAGCGCCUUGCCUCCCAAGUAGGCUUCAUUGCCUGGAUUGAGUCCUGCUCUCAUCAGCCGCGCUCCCUUAAACACCUAAGCCGCCUGCAGAUACGCUCCAGCCUGGGGCCCCAGAGGCUCAAAGCCGUGAGGACUUUCAGCUUGCCACAAUCACUGAAGUGCUACCUUAUGUUCGAGGACCUUGUGUUGCAGGAGACGCUCUGAAAUUGCCGUAAUCCACAAGCGACUGCCGUGCAUUGCAACCCGGUGUCCUUGGCCUUCUCUGUUCGGUGGAAAUGUCUCGCUUCUUCUAACCAAUAAUGGUGACUUUUACGAACCUGCCAAUCACUUAUACGUUGAGGGGGAACAAUGGCACACUCGCUCCACACAACACACAAUAUCUGUAGGCUUCCAACAACAACGGUGGUGACAACCUGCCUGAAGAGGCGAGAUUUUGUUGUAAGAUGUUGUCUUUAUUCUG